UGGAGUUGCAGAGUCACGGCAGUGGCUGAGCUGCUGACAGGAGGCGGCGGCGGAGGUGGAGGCGAGGCAAGACCUGCGGCUCUGCAGGGCCACGGUCGCUGUAGCGCUAGGCAAGCUGACGGAGCCACGCCGGCCUCAGCCCACCUGCAAACCUCCCGCCUCGUGCCCACCCUCCAUCUGCCCAACUGGUCCGGGGCGGCCUAGUCUGCACCACCGACCCGGCUCCUGGGGCCGCCGCCCCGCGCGGUCCCGUCGGCGUCCCUGGCCGCGCCCGACCCCCGGCCCCCUAGCCCACCGGCACCAUGAUGGAGGAGAUCGACCGGUUCCAGGUGCCCACCGCGCACUCGGAGAUGCAGCCGCUGAAAAUUAGUGCUUGAAGGUGAGGACAGAAGUUACCUUUCCUGUGGGAAAGUGAAAAUUGAAUCAUGUCGUUUGAAUCAUCUGUGCUCAGUCCACAAGACAAAGGCAGAAUUGUUCAGCACCACGGAGAGUACCUUUCAUCUUGAAGAUGAGAUCAAGGGACCCAGCCGCCGCCUCCAUCUCAGACGGAGACUGUGACGCCCGGGAGGGUGAGUCAGUAGCCAUGAAUUACAAACCAUCCCCGCUCCAAGUGAAGCUGGCUUCCUUCCCAUGUUCCCCUGCAGAGAAGCAGCGGGAGCUGGCCCGGAAGGGCUCCCUGAAGAAUGGCAGCAUGGGGAGCCCCGUCAACCAGCAACCCAAGAAGAACAAUGUCAUGGCCCGGACAAGGCUGGUCGUCCCCAAUAAAGGCUACUCCUCGCUUGACCAGAGCCCAGACGAGAAGCCACUGGUAGCCCUUGACACGGACAGUGAUGAUGACUUUGACAUGUCCAGAUAUUCCUCCUCUGGCUACUCCUCUGCUGAGCAGAUCAACCAAGAUUUGAACAUCCAGCUGCUGAAGGACGGCUACCGGUUAGACGAGAUCCCCGACGAUGAGGACCUGGACCUCAUCCCCCCCAAGUCUGUGAACCCCACCUGCAUGUGCUGCCAGGCCACGUCCUCCACCGCCUGCCACAUUCAGUAGCUGGCGGGGCCACUGCGGCCGGCCGGGGUGGGGCCGCCGGGGGCCAGGUUGGACCAGGCAGGGGCCAACCCCUCCCCAGCUCAUCCACCUGCCCCCGGCCCCCGCGCACCCUACAGCCGCCAACCUCGUAACAGUCAUUGCUUCCUCCUAUGGUAGGACGUGUACCUCUGUGUGUUCAUGGAGCCGGAGAAACCAAAACCGGGUCUCUCUCCACCCCCGGGAGUGCUGAGGAGGGGAGGGGGCGGUUUGUUCAGUUACUUGGGGGACCUCGCCCAGCAUCCUGCCCCCUCCCCAAAGCUGCAGCCCAGUAGAGGAAAGGGGUGACUGGACUGCAGGGAGGCCAACAGUAAUGAGUGGGGGAGGGAUCACAAAGCCAGGGGUUUGGACCCACCCACGUGAAGCCAUGAAUCCCCCAGCACCAGCCAAGGAAAGGGGCUGGGAAGGAGAAAGGCCCAGGGCAGUAGGGGCAGGGCCCAGCCCCUUAGAGCCGCCUCCACAUGCCCCCCUGCUGGCCCACGUACCAUCUGCGUUUCUACCCUCAUCUCUAGAUGGGAAGCCUGAUAAAGCUGCCCAGUGGGAUAUUGUCCCCCACCCUUGGGGAUCACUGCCUUCUUUCUCCUCUUUGCCUCAUUCACCCCCUUCCUUGCUCUCUGGAUUGUGUGGAGGGUGAGGUGGGCGUUACAGACAGCCAGAGUUUAAGGUGGUAUGAUCUGCCCUCACCUGCCCCUAACUAAUGCAUCUGUCUCUCUGUGCCCUGCCUCAUCCCCCCACCCAACACACACACACACACACACACACACACACACACACACACACACACACACACACACACACACACACACACACACACACACACACACUCUCACACUUCUGUUCCAUUCAUUGGUCUCUGUCCCGGGCUGGAAGCAGGAGUUAAGGCUGGCCUCGAAUGCCCCAUUCCGGUCUCACUCUAGCCCAAGAUCCCAGAGGCUGCUUCCCAGGAAGAAUCUUCAAGGAAGCAAGCCUAAGAGAACACAGUGGCUGCAUGUGUACGGCAGGGACAGCUUGGCAGAACGUGUGUGUGCCUGGGGCUGUGAGGGCGUGUGUCUGCAUCUCUGCAUUGGGCCUGUGUCUCCAGAUGUCUGUGGCGUCUGCGGUGGGGAAGUGACUGUGUGGCCUGUUAACGGUGUGAGAGGCUGCUCAGCAGUGCAGUGGGCUGGCGGUCAGAAGGCUCCGGCACUCUCCCCGUUACCUCCAACAAGCCAUUUAUAUUCUCUGGCUUUCAGUUCCCUCCACUGUACAAUGAGCGGCAUCUGAAAUUAUUUUUAAGGUUCUUCCAAACCUGAAGGCAUUUCUUCAUAGGAAUUUCUGUGGAGGUGGAUAAGGAGGUCUCUGUUGUCUUUUGAGUACAUCUGGUGGCUUCCUGAGUUGCACAUCAUUCAUUGCUUCCUCCUAUGGUGGAAAAGAGAGGGGGAAGUUCCUGUGGGACCUGUGUAUGCCUGAGUACAAUCGGAUCUUUUGGGAAAUGUGUGAGUGUGUGUCUGUGUGUGUCUGUGCACGUGUAUGUGAGUAUCUAUGGUGUGUGUAGCUGUGUGGGUGUCUGAGAGUCAGAAUGUAUGUACUACUGCUUCUGCUGCUGUUUCUCAGUGGUGGCAGGGGUGGGGGUGGUGGCUAGAAAAGCUGAGGAUGAAAAUCAAGAGGGAGAAGGUGACCAAGGCCCUCCCCUGGGCCUGGGCAGUAUAGAUCUGCCCCGUGCAAAGGAAAGCAAAAGCACAGAUAGCCCACGCCUGGUCAGGUCUAUGCCACACAAACCCCGUAUCCCAGGGCCACUCCUCCAUGCUGACCUCCCCCACGUGCUGGCCAAUCCACUCUAAUAUAUACCACUCACAUGCUGCCAGCAUGCACAGGACACACACACAGCUCAGUUCCUGGCUGCCAGUCCUGGGAGGUGGGAGUUGGAAGGGGGCAAGGGCAGUGAGAAGAGAGAGUAAGGCUGCUGGCUUAGGAGGGGUAGCACCUCUCCCUGCACCACACCCAGGGACUGCCAGCUCCUGAGUGCUGAGGUGCAGCUCUCCACCCUCAACUCCUCCAACCCACGCCUAACUCCUCCAGUGCAGGAACCCCGGUUAGAUGAUGAGAAAAUGCCAAAGGGAGGCAAGGACGGAGAAGACACCUGCAGGACUCACACGGCCCGUACUGGCCCCCACCUGAGCCUGUUUCUCCCCGCCCCCCCCCCGCCCCGGUCAGCAUACCCACCCCCUGUCAUCUGGGCCCCAAAACCAAGCUUCCUACUACUACUACCACCACCACCCCCCGCCUCCUUGACUCACCCUUCGAGAACAUGGGUACCUCCUCUUUUCCAGGCAGGGCCCCCGCCAAGGCUCACUUAGACUGCUGCCUUUGCUGCUGACAUGCUGUGUGACUCUGGCCCACUGCUUAACCUCUCUGGCCCUGAGGAAUAAGGGAAAGACUCCCUCCCCACAAGAUAUACCUAAUUCCCUGGCAGGCAAGGGCUUCCAGCUGAGGCAGUAUAGCAAGUGUAGCGGAGAGAAGUACGAAGCUGGCAGCCAGCACUUUCUGGGUCUAGGGAAAGUGCAUGGUUCCCUCCUUCCCUGUGGGGGAGGUUGGAGGGGAGGAAUCGAGGCCUUAGUUUGCCCCCUGCCACCCUUGCCCCUUGUAGAUACUGCCUUAACACUCCCUCUACCCUCAGCUCUGGCUGCCAGCCAGCCGUUUCUCCGUGCUCACUAAUUUAUUUCCAGGAAGGUGUGUGGAAGACAUGAGCCGUGUAUAAAAUUUUUUUUAACAUUUCCAUCGCAGUAUUGACCAUCAUCCUUGGUUGUGUAUCGUGUAACACAAAUAAUGAUAUUAAAAGCAUCAAACAA